UUUACCUGCGGUAACAACCAGGGAUUAGCCGUAGCCGCCAGGUAGUAGCCAAACACUGGACGACAACAAGUUAACCCGAAAGGAUAACGCGAUAACGAGUCUACUUAGAAUUUUCCCUUUUCCUGUUUUUUGCUCGAGUUUGUCUUUGUGUAAACGCAACCUGACUAUUUUUUUUAUGCGCUCCGUUGUUGGCCAUUCUUUCAUUUUGAGGCGCCAGUAGAGAAACUUUUUUUUCUGUGAUUUCCGCCCUUGGAUCCCCCACCAUAAAAGUUAAAAUCAACGGUUACUCUUAUGCGCAGGUCAGGGGGGUUCUGAGCCAUGCCUGGCCACAACACUGGGGCCCCACAGGCAUCACGCCACCACAAACAUCACAGCUCCAGAGCAGACAAGUACAGUCAGGCCCCGACAAUAUUCGGGCAGAGCUCAACCAAACCAGACUCCUACAAGGAUCCCUACGGAGAGCAUCGUCACAAGAACCACUCCCGCUACUCCGAGAGCAAACAUGGUCGCAAAGCGCACAACGGCGCCGGGCAGGGCUCAGCGACGAUUGGCUUCAUUCCGGGCUCAGCAGACAACACGCCCACCAACAGACACGCUUGUGGAUCUUGUGCCUCGAUGGGCUGGAGCGGCUGUAAGGCCCUUAUCUGCUGCGUAUUAACUUGUGGAUUUUACGGCAGCCGAGAGCCUUGCCUGCCAGUUAACGAGAGCUCCACAGACCAUCCCCCUAAAGUGAGCAGUGAGUCCCACCCUCCAAAUGGCAUGGCUGGGAACACCAACUCCCCCGGGGGCGGCAAAUCUUUUGAGCCCAACAAAUCCACUAAAUCCGUUCGAUUGUUGCCCACAAGCGACAGCUUCCGCUACCAGGAUGUACGCAUCGCAGGUCAGUCAGUAAAGUAUCCGGUCGUGCCCUCCAAGAGGACCCGAACCUCGGGCCGGUGGGAGAACCAGCGGCCGAUCAGCAACACGAGUUUGUUGUCCCGCGAUGACUACGACUUGGACGACCUGAGCGACACGGGCACGGAUAUCGACUCGCUCAUCACCAAGAAGCUGCUGGAGCUUUACGCCUUGCAUCAGAUCGACCAGCUGGCCAAGUGCACCUCGGACUCGUCGUUCUCCCGUAAGACCAACGAGAUCAGCGAGCUCAUCUACAGCAUCGCUCAGGAUUACAACCUUGAGGAGCAGGAGGCCGAGUGCAAGCUGGUGCACGGCGUCAUUCGCAUCAGCACCCGCAAGGGCAAGAGAAACAAGAAGCAACAUUCUACGGGACAACGUCCUAACGGGCGCAGCGACGGCACUUUGCCCGACAGCGGCAACGAGACCAUGACCAACACCUUCAUGAGCAGCGACUUUCCAGAGGUCAAAGUGUCGGAGCAGACGCCAUCAGAUGAGCUGGCCAGGAAGAUGAGACAUUACAGCGGCAAAAGUGAGUUCCCCAAAGCGUACACCUCCAGCAGCGCUAUGGCCUAUUCGCCGUACCUGCACGACACCGAGACGGACUCGUCGGGCGCGCCUCUCCUUGCCCUCUAGUGACUCGGCCAAACUCGCUUUUGUCCUACUGCUGUUACACGCUGGCUGUAAGUAAAGGGUCGCUUCGAAUAAAAUGGACAUUUGAACAGAAUAUUUUGCCAUGCCUCUUAUACAUAUUUUUUUGUGGUAAGUCUUAAUGGUUUUUUUUUUUUUUUUUUUUUACUUUAAAAUGUUACAUUAAAUGUAUGCGUGUAUAUAUACAGUACCCAGUAGCCAAUGCAACAUUUCCAGUCUAGUAAAAUUCCCAUUUUUCCCUGAGAGGUCUGAAACUUUAAAUCGACAGAAUUCUAAGUUUUUCAGUCUCAUUUGUUUAAUGCUGCUAAUGUUUGAUGAAUUUACCUCUUGUAGUCAACCGUUGUUUUCAUGUACCAAAUGAGAGGAAUUUUUAUUUUAUUUUUUACUGUGUCAAUUUACGCCGUCAUGUUUGAAAAAGAUGAAUGUCUACACUCCGGGCAGGUUUGACAGUCUCAGCUGAGGAACGGUCGAAGAAAAUGACCUGGAGGCUGAUACAUGUGAUUAUUUUGCUGACUCAGGCCUUCAAAAAAAAAAAAAAAGUCAUCAUGCUUUGACAAAAUGUUACAGCCAUAUUUCCUCUUAAUAAGUUACUUUUUUUUAUUGUUAACCCCGCUUGUGGAAUUUGAAUGCAUUCUUCGUUUUUAUUGAAUGGUCAGUGCUGUUUUGGACAAAGUAAAAAAAUUCCAUUCCUUUUAUUGUAUCAUGUUCAAUAAAGAUGUAUAUUUGUA